UUCAAGCUCUUCUCUCUGUGUCGCGCGCGUGGUAUGCGCGUGCCCGUCUUGCUGUAAACAGCUGCGCGCGGCCAGUCUCAGGCAGAGAGAGACCGAGGAGAACAAAAAUAUUCAUAUAAAAUUAAACAAAAAACAAAGUUGAAAGAAUUUCGAGUGUAUGACAUCAUCAUCAUCAUCAGCAGCAGCAAGCGUCUCGUCUCGUCUCGUCUCAACCUAAACCGAGCUCUACUCGUCACCUAGAAGCUGACGCGUACACGGCCUAAUCGCGACGCACUACACCCGGAUCGCCUCUGCGUCCUGUUUGAUGCGAUACGAGCGCCCGUCGUUAUCUGACGCUUCGUCAUGGCCUCUGUCUCCAAAACCUCCGAGCUGGACAUCCCGGAUAACCACCAGGAGAGCUGGCUGGCCCUGCUCGCCGCCGCCGAUGCGUACAGCCAGAAGUCGGGAUGCGACCUGGCCAUCCUGACCGCCUGCAAGAAGUUUCUCCCGUCCGGCGCCGAGGGAGACGCCGCGAAAAAGAGAGAAGGGGGUGGAGCCGUGCCAGCGGGAAGCAGGAAGUGGGAUUACGGCUAUCACGUGUGGGGUCAAGGGGCGCUCGCCGAGGCGGCGCUCCGAUACCUGGACGACAUCGGCGUGCUCCAUUCCACCACCGUGCUGACGGCGCAGAGACACGCCCGCCUCGCCCCAGGAGAGGGCGGGGCCAAAUUGGCCGUGGACAUUCCGUCUGAGAGGCCGACGUCGGUGGGUGACGGGGGGUCGGGCUCGGUCAGUCCCGGGUUGAGAAUGUACUCUCAGAGCUACCCGUCCAUCUACAGUGCAGCGGCGGUCAGCGUCCUGCCCUCGGCACAGCAGGGGAACGGAGGGAGAGAGAGAGACAGAGCGGCUCUGGAGGAGGUGGAGAGAGCGAGGGAGAGGGCCGGCAUCGUGGACCUGGAGGAGGAAGAGGAGGAGGACGGAGAGGAGGACGAUAUGGACGGACGCAGACGCAAUCUCAAUGAGUCAACAGGUGUGUUCUCCAUGGACGAGGAUUCUCUGUCUCACGACUGUGAGCCGUUUUUCGAGUCGGACGGAGAAGAGGAAAGCACUGACGGUUCUCUGAGUGAGGAAGCUCCUCCUCCUCCUCGAGGCCUGGCCAUGGGUCACUCGGCUCUGUCCCGGCCGCCUCACCCCACGGCUCUGGCGCGCUCGCUGCCCGUCUCGGUGCCCGUGUGGGGCUACAGGAACAACCGGUCAGCGCAGGGCGACUCUCACAGCGGAGAGCGGCAGGCCGGCUGUGCGGAUCUCGAUCACAUCGCCGCCAGCAUGAAGGCUCUUUUAACUCCGGCGGCCACCGACGGAACGGAGAUGUUCGGAGCGCUGCCUCGACCUCGACUCAACACGGGCGACUUCUCCCUCAAGCACUGAUGAUGGACGUGUGUGUGUGAGUGUGUGUGUGUGUGUGUGAGUAAGAAACGAAUUGAGAGACGUGACGUGAGACGAGACGUGUGUGUGUGUGAAAAUGAACUGGGAUGUAAAUACGACCCGGACCUGUUAUUUUUUUAGACAGAUUUCAACAAUUAACGUGACGGAAAUCUUUACUAAAGUUCUCUCUCUUUUUUUUUUUUCUUUUUUUUUUUUUUUUUUAAACGAGGCAAAAGGAAAGACCAAGUGGAGACCACGCUGAUGCUUGGGGGGGGGUAAAGAAAGAAAGAAAGAAAGAAAAGUUGCGUUCACAAGGAUGUUUUUAAGAUCCGCUCCGGUGUUCAUUUCCGUUCCGCUGAAGAGGUCGAGCUCGGCGAUACGACGAUACGAUAUCGAUACCGCGAUACGUCAUUACCGUUAUAUCAUUACUCCUUUACGUGUUAUUGGUAUCGCUGCGCACUGGUGGUUUAACAAGUUCGGAUUUUAUUUUCCCUUCUUCUUUUUUUUUUUUGUUGCUUUUUUUAAGAAAAAGUAACGUUUUUAAAUCGUUUCUU